AUAAAUAAAUAAGUUUAAUAUCAUUCAUUUGUUUUCAGCAUGAGACCAACAGGACAACCUCCUGCAGACAAAGGCAAAGGCGUAGCAUCGUCUUCAUAGUCUUACCACCAGACAAUGUUAGGUAACUUAAAUUUUAGACCAUUAGAAUCCUUAGAAACAAUGGAAAGAAUUCAUUUCGGACCAUUUAAUUUAAUUGCAUACCCAGAGAGCAACAUAUCUUUUAGAAUAAGACCAGACUACGUUUUAGACAGACCCCAAAGAUGUUUAGUCGAUAAUCUCUGGAUUUCAUAUAAUAGACAAAAUCGUAAUCAUUUCAUGGCUUCUAUGAAUGCUUUAUGUCAUUACAUGGCCGAAAAAAGUAGGCCUCGUUUUAAAUACUAUGUAGUAAUUCAUGGAAAAACUAAUGGCAUUUUCCAAACGUGGUUAGAAGUAUUAGACUCUAUACAAGGUUUCAAAGCCCCUCUUUUUAAAGGUUUUAAUGAUUUCACAGAAGCCACUAAUCAUGCUAGGGGAUAUUUAGGGCCAAAUUAUUACAUAUCUCCUUCUCUUAGACAAAAUCCAGACCAGAUACCCCAGUACAACUUGCAAAAGGAAACUGGAAAGAUUAUUUUUUGUAACCAUUGUUCUUCUAUGACGGAAAACUUCAAAACACUAAAUGCCCAAAAGGAAUCACUCCUCAUGGAAAACACUAGAUUGAUUAAACACAUACAAAUGUUAGAAACAAAACUCAGACAGCAGACUCCAGUAAGCAAAACUGAUGCACAAACUCAGACCCCAACUCAGAGUUCUCCAUCUCCUCAAAAAAUGGAUGAGAAGGGUGUGCAUUUCCCAAUAAAUGCUCAGAAAUCCACUGUACCGGAUGUUGGUACAGCUAGUCCGAUUCAAACGGUGAUCGGUAAAGACAAAUCAAAUCCGUUCAUGGCUGUCACUUUGCUAAAAAGUGAAGAUGAAGGCUACUCUUCAUCAAAAACUAAAAUAAGACCUGGACAUAAGACUUCAAAAAAGACUUUAAUAUCCAAGAGAAAAAGUGAGACAAUAGAAACAAUAAUUAAACAGACACUAGACAGAUUUUUUAGUAACCAAACGCAAGACAAAUAUAUGGAUGGACUACCAGACGAACAGCCGGAUAGCACUGUACCAGAAAUAAAUAAUACAGAUAAUAAUUCUACAAGAUCAAAUGAAGAAGAUAGCAUAGCACAAUUCCAGGAUGCUCAGGAUCCAUAUGAAGACGAUGACUCAGGCAUGGGCUUUGACUCCAUAGCCCUGCACAACUUGGAUACGUAA